AUGGCGUGCUGUAGCGAGUGUUGCGUUGCAGCGCCUACAAGGCUGAGAAACGAGGAGGUCGAAGCCGACGCGAGGGACGCGAUGGACGCGAGGCACGCGAUGUUCGCGAGACGCGGGAGGGGAGGGAGGGCCGCAGCAGGGAGGCGGAAGGCGCCGGCAUCGCCCUGGCGCCGCCUCUCGACACACACCACGCGCGCAGAUAUAAUGAUAUGGCGCCAAAACACUGGGAGGAAGGACUGCCUCGGUACCACGGGCCUACUGAAUACGAGCGACCCCCACCAUACUACUAUCCCGGACCAAAUGAUAGACAGUAAAGUAGCGCUCACAGAACUGGACGAUGAUAUACUGAAGUACUAA